AUGGACAGCCCGGGCUCGGCCUCCUUCCCCUAUAAAGGGGCGGGCCCAAGGCUCCUGCCCCCUAUAGGGGCCCCCAUUGUUCCCAGCGCCCCUAUAGGGGCCUCUUCCCGUCCCAUCCAGAGCAGCUCCGGCCGCCAUGGAGCCCCGCCCCCCGCGUGCCCGCCGCCCCCCCCCCGGGACUGCCAGGACGUGCACGCGCGGGGGGCGCGCGCCGACGGCGUCCACCUGAUCUACCCGGCGGGGGGAGGGGCCGCGCCCGUGCCCGUCUACUGUGACAUGCGCACUGAGGGGCACGUCUGGACGGUGUUCCAGAAACGCUUCAAUGGCUCCGUCAGCUUCUUCCGGGGAUGGGACGACUACAAGAGAGGAUUCGGGAGAGCAGAUGGAGAGUACUGGCUGGGGCUGCAGAGCCUGCACCUGCUGACCCUCCAGGGCCGCUAUGAGCUGCGUGUGGAGCUCGAGGACUUCCAGAACAACUCAGCAGCCGCCACCUAUGGAUCCUUUGCGUUGGCUCCUGGAGCUGUGAGCGCUGAGGAGGACGGAUACAGUCUGCACGUGCAGGACUUCCGCGACGGAGGCGCAGGUGACUCCCUGAGCUACCACCACGGCCAGAAGUUCUCCACCUUCGACCGGGACCAGGACCUGUUUGCCCAGAGCUGCGCGUCUCUAUCAUCUGGGGCCUGGUGGUUCCGGAGCUGUCACCUGUCCAACCUCAACGGCUUCUACCUGGGGGGAGCUCAUCUGUCCUAUGGCAACGGCCUCAACUGGGCGCGCUGGAAGGGAUUCCACUACUCGCUCCGGCGCAGCGAGAUGAAGAUCCGGCGCCUGUGA